AUGGUUGAUGCUCUUGGCAUUCGAGGCGGUUUUGAGAUUCCGGCGACAACCAUUGAUUUCCACAACGUCGUUCUGAGUGUCUUGCACCCGCAACUACCUACGGGGAGGACGUGGGUUGCGCUGGCAUCCUCAGCGUACCAGUCGGCAGUUAACGAGCAUCUAUGUUGCGACAUUGAUAGCGAUUCCCUGUUCAAAUUCGACUACGUAUGCAUAGUGGCAUUAACCAAGUGUCACAGGGACCCUGGGCCCAAACACGCAAGCCUGGUCGUUGUGAAGGACCCUGGGUUGCUGUUGAAGUCGGAUGAAGAGCUUUGA